UAACAGUUUACUGAAAGUUCACAACUUCACCCAUCUUGCAUCCAUCACUUUUACUCGUAAAUCACCAUCACCGAAGAGUCAGAAUAAGGAAAAGCAGUCAAAGCUGUAUGAAAUAAAAUGGUUUUAAUCAAAGAAUAUAGAAUUUGCAUGCCUAUGACUGUUGAGGAGUAUCGCAUAGGCCAACUAUAUAUGAUAGCUCGUCAUAGCUAUGAACAAUCAAAUAAUGGCGAGGGCGUGGAGGUAAUCGCCAAUGAGGAAGUAAAUGACGAGGUUAAUGGAACAGGACAAUUUACUGAGAAGAGGAUACAUUUAUCGAGUCACCUUCCUUAUUGGAUCCAGUCUUUCCUUCCAAAAAUAUUUUAUAUAACAGAAAAAGCAUGGAAUUAUUAUCCAUACACAAUAACGGAGUAUACGUGUUCUUUCAUCCCAAAGUUCUCCAUUUCUAUUCAAACUAGAUAUGAGGAUAAUAAUGGAACAUCAGAAAAUUGUCUUGGAUUGACAUCUGAAGAAAGUGAAUCAAGGCAAGUUGAUUUUAUAGAUAUAGCAUAUGAUGAAAUCAAACCACACCAUUAUAAAGAGGCUGAGGAUCCCAAGUUUUAUAAAUCUGAGAAGUCGGGCAGGGGACCUUUACCCGAGGGCUGGAUGCAAACACAACAACCCAUUAUGUGCUGUUACAAAAGUGUAAAUGUCAAAUUUGAAGUUUGGGGCCUACAAACAAGAGUGGAAGAGUAUGUACAAGGGGCAAUCAGAGAUAUCCUAUUGCUUGGCCAUCGGCAGGCAUUCACUUGGAUGGAUGAGUGGUACAAUAUGACUAUUGAAGACGUCAGAAAUUAUGAGAAAGAUAUGCAAGAGAAGACCAACAUGAAGAUAAAGGUUUGCUUAGAGAAUACCGAGGAAUCAGAGAAAGCCAAGGAAACAUCUCAACCUCAAACUCCGAAGUCUCCGAAGACUCCAAAGAGUGGUUCCAGUACACCAUCAACUGAAGGCAGGUCGUGGUUCAACUGGUCAUAAAUUAUAUCAAACAAUAGUUAAUUAGAUCUCAUUGUAGUAACAGGGUUAUGUUUCUAUAUGUGUAUAACUGUUGAUUUGAACCAAAGAGCAAAGAACAUAUAAAUACUUUUCCAACAACUUUUUGUUAUUAAAAAUAGCUUUACACAAUUCUUUCGUUCAUCCAUUUGCGCAAUUUAAAAGUGGUACAAAGUUUUCGCUUCAAUAAUAUAGAGAUUACGAACUACAAAGUACUAAAACACUACACACUACGAACUACAAACUACUAAUAAUUCUUAGGGCGCAGUUUCAUUAUUGCGAAAGAUUUCUAUUCAUGCAUGCCUUAGGACUUGCACAUUAGAAUCAUUUUCAUUAGUUGUUAGGGUCCGUAUACGUCUUGUAAUAUUUGCCGCGCCUUAUACUCGGCAACUGAUUCUCCAUACGACGUUUGCUUUACAUCAACCCAUGUAUUUUAUUAAGACAAGCUAGAAUAGACUGAAAAACUCAGUCGCUUCAAAGAGAGAUAAACGUAUUGUAUUCCCAUACGUUUGUCUCGCUCUAAAGCGACUGUCGAGCGUUUUUCGGCUUAUGUCAAAAUUAACCUUACUUUUAGCUCGUAUACAGUACGGUCCUAAGGACUAAUGAAACUGAGCCUUAAUAGUAGUGUUAGGAAGAAUAUCCGACACUGUGUCGGUGUUCUGGAGCAACACUAGUCUUAUUGAAAUGUCGACGUUUAUGUCCCCUCACUAAUCAUUUUGACACUUGUCUUUGUAAGACGCGCCAUUCGCGCCAAAAGAUUCUAACUAACAAUGUCUAAAAGUAGUAAUACUAAAAUGCAGAUAAAUGAGAAUAUAUUAAGUUCUAAAUAAUGAUGUAGUUAUUAAAAUAACAGGGUAAGUACUUACUCAUGAUUCGAAUCGGUUACCAUCUAAUUAAUUUUAUUGUAAAUUGUAUAGUAUUAUUGAAAACAUUGUCAUUUUAGGAAAU